UAAUCAGUCGUCAUUUCACAUCGCUACUGUAGGACGGAGAACGUCAGGACCCAAUUUCAUCAUUACUUCUCUUAGAACUGUUAGUGGAGAAUUGCCUACUAUGAACUGAAAUUCUACCUAAAACCAACUAACUAGUAGAUCCAAGUGAAGUGACGCAUAAUCCAGUAGAUUCCUUUAUCGAGUUGUAAUUUUUUUGCACCUCAAUGUAGCUAGAGGAUAAUGGCUGUGGAAAGCAUGACUGUCCAUCCAAACUCCCCAACUACCAACCACGAACACACCAGUCUCCUGACUGACGAAAGGCAAGAGGAUGGAGAGCUGGAGGAGGGCGAGCUGGAGGAUGACGGAGGGGAGAUGGAAGAGGAGGAGAUGGGUUCAGGUGGAGCUGCACCAGGAGGUGGAGACGGCGUAGAGGAGGGAGACGCAGGAGGAGGAGCAGACACCGGAGGGGAUGGGGCCAAUGAGAGGCCUCAGCGCAGCAGGGAGCGCCACGCCAGUACGGGCUCGGAUGACGACAGGGCCCACCGCCGGAAGAGGAAGAGGAAGAAAGAGAGGGAGCGGGAGAAGGAGAAGAGGAGGGCCAAGAAACGACGUAAAUCCAAACACAAACGCCAUGCGUCCUCUGAUGAUGACCACUCGGACUACAGCGAUGACUCGGACUACAGUCCCAGUGAGAAGAGGAAGUAUAGAGACUACAGUCCUCAGUACCCCCCUUCUUCUCAUGGGGGCUACGGAGGCUCAAAGAAGAGCAGCUACAUGAAGAUGGACAAGCAGAGCUAUGGAGGCUAUGACGACUACGAUGAAGACACCUAUGAUGGGGAGGAGGAGGAUGACAUGGGGGACGAGGAUUAUGACGACUUUACCAAGGAGCUCAACCAGUACCGCAAGGCCAAGGAGGGUGGAGGUGGGCCUGGCAACCGCGGAGGUCGAGGGGGCAAAGGUCGUAUGAAGAACCAGAGGGGCCGUGGAGGGAUGAGGGGAGGGAGGAGAGGAGGAAGAGGAGGAGGGAGGGGAAGAGGGGGACGAGGUGGAGGAGGAAAGAUUGGAGGAGAGAACGACGAUGGAGAUGGCUACGGAGGAGAUGACAUGGAGUAUGGUGAAGAUGAGUAUGACAACAUGGGGGACAAUGACUAUGAUGACUACUCAAAAGAGCUCAACCAGUACAGGAAGUCCAAAGACAGAGGCAGAGGUGGAAAAGGUGGCCGUGGGCGUGGCAGAGGUAAAGGAGGGCGUGGCAUGAACCGAGGAGGGAAGGGCCGUAACCGAGGGAGAGGAAGGGGAGACCACGGGAACGAUGAUGACAACAAUGGAGACAUGGACAUGGAGGAUGGAGGUGGAGGAGGAGGAGAUGGUGGACUGGGGAGGAGGAAUCAGAACGAGAAGCACCAGGAUAAGAAAGGAAAGGCGAUCUGCAAGUACUACAUCGAGGGAAGAUGUACCUGGGGGGACCACUGCAAUUUCAGUCAUGACAUUGAGCUGCCGAAGAAGAAGGAGCUGUGCAAGUUCUACAUCACUGGCUACUGUGCCCGAGCUGAGCACUGUCCCUAUAUGCAUGGUGAUUUCCCCUGCAAGCUGUUCCACACCACCGGGAACUGUGUCAACGGAGACGAAUGUAUGUUCUCCCAUGAAGCCCUGACUGAUGACACCCAGGAGCUGCUUAACAAGAUGUUGGCGGAGGAUGCCGAGGCCGGCGCAGAAGACGAGAAGGAGGUGGAGGAGCUGAAGAAGCAAGGGAUCAACCCUCUGCCCAAACCCCCUCCAGGAGUUGGCCUCCUCCCCACGCCUCCUCGACUCGGCCCUCCAGACACCAACACCGGCCCAGGGGAUUUCAGUGGGCCAAUGGGCGGUGACUUUGUCAUUCCCCCUGUGCCCCACCAAGGGCCCAUGGCCAACAAAUGUCCCCCAGGACCUGGACCUGGACCUGGACCUGUCCCUGCACCUAACCCCUGUGCUGGUCCCCCUCUCCCUGGCCCUGAAGCAGGACCCUACCAAGGAGGCCCUGCAAACCCCAGUGUGCCCCCUCCUCCUAUGGGCCCCCCUCCUCCCUGUGGUGGAGGAGGAGGUGGUGCAGGGAAGAAGAUCCCCUCGCUGUUUGAGAUUAAAGUUCAGCCAACAGGACAGCUUGCUCAGAAACUGGCUGUCAGGAGUCAGACACCUAGCGGGAACCAGAGUCAGACAGGAGCACCUGGGCCCCAAGUGGCCCCCGGUGGCCCCCCGGCUCGCUUCCCAGGCCCACCAGGACCCCCUUGCAUGAUGGGUUCUGACAUGCAGAACAUGGGCCCCGGCAUGGGCAUGAACCAGGGACCACCAAACAUGGGACCUGGAGGACCGGCCAUGAUGGCAGGCUUCGGGUCAGGUGACGGCGCUCCACAUGGAGGUGUCAUGCCUCCUGGACCUCCGCAGGGUGGAGGAAACUUCUACGACAACCUCUACAAUCAGCAGGAGGGCGUGAAGAUGGAUGGAGUGACAGCGCAAGGUGACAACUACCAGGGCUUUGGUGGGAUAGAUGAAAGAGGAGGGGGAGGAGGAGGUGGCAAAUUUGACGAUCAGUCAGGCAGCCAAGAUGGUUCUACAAACACAGCGUCAACAAAUCAAGGAGGGAUUUCGGUGCCUGAUUUCCUGCCUCCGGCCCAGCGUGUUUUGUUCAUGAGGAUCCAACAGAAACAACAGGAGGAGGAGGAGAGGGCACGCAGGCUGGCCGAGGGAGGAGCAGAGAAGAACAGAGAUGCUGAAGGUGACUCAGGGAACUGGUACUCCAGUGAGGAUGAGGACGGUGGCGGCAGUGUGACCUCAAUUUUGAAGACGCUCCGCCAACAGACACAAGCUCCACCCAAAUCAGACGGGCCCCCAAGUGACCCUCGCCUCCAGAAGACUUCUCCUGCCCAACCUCCAUCCCGCCCUGCUGACCCACGCCUCACCCGGGACCCCCGUCUGGCUCGAGCCACUGAGUUGGCCCAGACCCAAGACUCUAGCCACUCAACCCCCGCCCUGUCUUCCUCUGGGCCCCCAGCAGAUCCCAGACUGGCCCGAUUUGCUGCUACAGCCUCAGCUGCGUCGUCCUCUGUAACCCCCCCUGUACCUAAGGCUGAACCCCCUUUGGUGUACAAGCCCCCACCGCUCACUGCCCCAGCAGCAGAGGAGGAAGAGACAGAGCGGGUGCUCAGGGACAAGCCAGUGCCGAUUCCUCUGGAUCCCCUGAUGGGCAUGGUGCUGCGGGACCCCCGGUCCCAGCUGCAGCAGUUCAGCCACAUCAAGAAGGACAUUAUUCUGCAUGUCCCACCCUUCGCUAAGACCAUCACUUGGUCACCCGAGGACCUUCUUCCACUCCCUUUACCCAAGCAGGACCUCUUGCCGCUCCCGCCAGGCAUUCCACCUGUCUCGUCGCUGGACCCCCGGCUGUCCCGUGCCCAGCAGCAGCUCCAUACGGCCCUCCCUCACACCCAGCCUCCUCCACAGCUCCCGCCUUCCUCAUUGGACCCUCCUGCUCCUGCUCCCUCCACCUCCUCCCUGCCUGACUUUGAGCUGUUGUCCCGCAUCCUGAAGACCGUCAGCUCAAGCCCAUCCCAGACCACCUCCCCUCCUCUCCUGCCUGUCCCUCCUCCUGCAGUAUCCCUGCUGGGCACCCCUCCCCCUGCGCCUCCUGCCUCGGUGGAUAAGCCUGUUGACCCCCGGACGGCCCGCAAGCCCCUUGCCGAUCCCCGCCUCCAGCCUCAAAAGUCGGCUCUGAAGCAGCCAUUGGAGCCCACGCCCCCCCCUGCCCCCUCUGCUGCGCCUGCUUUUACCUCCAGCUCCUCCUCCCCCGCCAUCGCCCCCUACGACCCCCGGCUGCUCUCUUCAGGUGGGGUGGGGCGUGGUGUAGGAACAGGAGCACCAGGGGGCGCCAGUGUCCUAAGUGGCAUUAGCCUUUAUGACCCUCGGACUAACAAACCAGGCAGCCCUGGCACCAGCAACGGCUCCAACAGCUCGCCCAACUCAGCCAGCACAGAGUCCCGGUCUGGCGACUCCACGGUGGCCAAACCAAAAUCCAAGGAGCCACUGUUUGUUCGGAAGUCGGCUCUGGACCAGCCGGAGACCGAGAAGAGUGGAGAGCAGGCGACUGACCGAUACAACAGCUACAACCGGCCGCGGCCCAAGCCAGCGCCCUCACCCAACUCAACAACUCAGGGUGGGGCCGCUGCCGGGGCAGCCGCAGCCGGAGGCCAGGGUGCUGCCGGCGCUGCUGCGGAGCUGGCACCCGCGGGCGUCCACAACUUGCCAGUGUCGUCCCUGUUCAGUAUGGUGAAACAGGUGACCAAGCCCAGCGGGACAGGCAGCCCAUUUGGAGGAAGCAGCCCAGCACAGUCCGACCAGGCUGCCACGGAGCAGGACAACGCCUCGCUGAAGGACGUUUUCAAAGGCUUUGACCCCACAGCCUCGCCCUUCUGCCAGUGACCUCUGACCUUUAACCCCCGUCCAUGCCGGCUUUUUGUUUUAAAAUGUUCGGGCACUGAAAAGAUCAGUGAGCAGAAAGUGAGCAGUGCACUGGCCACUGCCUCUAAGACUUGUGUGAAUGUUUCUGUCACACGCCUACAUGUUUCCAGCAAAGUCACACACACAAACACACACACACAGACUCACACACAUCCUACCACAGUGUUGCAGAUUAGAUUCUAUAAGAGACUUCUGGGUUUUGGUGAGGGUAGGAAUCUAAGGGGAGGGUUGGAAGUUGAAUCUCUAUUUUAAAGUAAAAAUUAUGAUGUAUAAAUAAAUGUAUUCUCCACGCUUGAUGAAAAUAAUUAUACAGACAGCAGCAGAAACGCAUUGAUAUUGACUGUAUUUUUUAGCUCUCGUUUUGUUGUCUCAUAUUUUCUGUGUUCCAGCUCCUUGUCCUUACAGGAUGUUAUGUCAGGGCAAUACAAAUUGGCCAGCAACGGGAAAAAAAUAGGAUAAGAAGUUCAAAAGUCUGUCCAAAUAUUUCUUGGCACAACUGCAGCUCCUUUGUAAAUACGCAGCAACACAGAGGGAACUCCUUGGGCACUAUCUGCCCAUCAGAUUGCCCCUUGUCACUGCUUUUACACUGACUGCACCCUUUAAUUCCCAGAUAAACAUUUUACAUUUCUCUCUGCCUACAAAAAAAAAAAAAAACUGAAAAUGUAGUUUGUCACGCACUCACUGCCACACCCCAUGUACGAUUUGCUUGAUUUAAAUUUUUUUCUACUUCUUUUGCACUGUCGUGUGUGUCCCCUGAGGACUGUAAUAGUUGAGUUCACAUUUUUAAUGUCUGUUCCCCCUCCAGCUGUUCAUAUCACUUUUGACUUAAGGCAUUUAGCUCUUACCCAGAGCAGUUCACAGUAUGCACAGGUGGGGUGGCUGUUACUGCAGUUGACCUGUGACCUCUUGGUUAUGGGACAGCCUCUCUAACCACUAUGCCACCCCACUCUAACAUCCCCAAUUUAUCCCCUUCACUGUCCCAUAAAUGUGCUGUUGGACCUCCUCAGACUUUGAAUUUGAGGAAAGGCUUGUAAGCAAAUAUGUAAUCAUCAGCUGUAAGUGAAGAUCUUGUUUUAUCAGUCUGAAAAUGUCAAGCAUCCAUUGUUUAAAAAAAAAAAAAAAAAAAGCUUAUUUAGCCAAGAUGUAACUGGUGGUGAUCUCCUGUGCACUUAACUUGGUUCAGAUGGCUCCCACGUCACCCUGCUGCACUGAUUUGAGCACGCUGGCAGUCAGCUGUAACACCGCCUAGUGUUUGUGAUUGGUUGCUGAAUAUUGAUGUCGCCUUCUUUACAGCUGCAACCUGUAAACAAGAUAUUAUCUGGUCAGCUGAUGUUUUUCUCUGCCAUCUUUACACCUUCAUGAUCAGGAUUCUUUUCACCCGCUGGAAACAGUGGUUAAGGAAUUCCAGAUAUCAACUCCCACGUUUUACUUGCUUGUUAGCCAAAUGUUUUUGUUUUUAUUUUUGUUUUCUGACCCUGAAUGGAAAAAGAUCUUAUGGAGUGGCUACAAAAAUUACAGGCCCAGCUAGUGGCUAGUGGGGCUAGUGGCUGGUGGUAAAGUACUACUUGAGGUACGACAAUCAAAACUAGACUAGACUACAAAAAUCCAAUCAAUACCUCUACAAUAACUCUGAAAACAGCUGAAUCUUGCAGGAAAAAAGAACCAUGUGGCUGUUUUUGCAGAUCUUCUGAUUCGUAAGCUGCUCUGAAAAUCUCAGUGUUAAUGUAGAUCGGAAGUGCAGCAAAUGAAUCGGGUGGGGAUGGAGAACAGCUGCAGCCAUGUUGCCUUAAGAGCCAGUGAUAUGCUUGCACAGUGUGUUCCAAAAAAAAAAAAAAGUUUAGAUUAUUUGCAGGUCACUGUAAAGGAGGAUGAAGGCUUUUUGCGUUCAUCUCUGACUGUCAUUCUAGAGGUUUUUUCAAUUUCAGAAGAUUGUUCAAGUGAGACAGACAAAAUGUUAGGAUCUGUCCUGUCGUCGUUCCCUGUCUGUCUUGUGUGAAAAUGUUGAUCAUUUUAAUUUAUUUUUUUAUACUUGGCUAAAAUAUGCCUCCUCACUUGACAUUUUUGAGCUGAAUCAUUGUACGUGAUAGGCAUUUGUUGUUGUUAUUACCAUUCACCUCAGUGGGAUGCAGGCAGCCUGUAACAGUGAAGCGAGGAGAAAAGACAUGUUUUUUUUUGUUGUUGUUUUUUUUUUUAUUAUUUGCUUCUGUGUAUAAGGAUUGUCAAA